AUGGGAAUUGGCGACCGCCGACUACCUCUUCCUGCUGCGACUGAUUCCCUGAUUGAUUCCGCAGGCGACGAGAGCCCUGUCGAGCAAGAUCUUGCAACCGACCUCUCGAGACGAUCUGACGCUACCCAUCAUACGGUCCCCGACGACGGCACACCGAUUACCAUCCCCACAACCCUCAAGCGCUCGGCCGGCCACCGCAAAAACACUGCGCAACAGUCGCAAGCCUCCCUUCUGAUCGAAUAUUUCGAGAGCAACUCUGACCCAGAGAGACGACCGAGCAUAAGAGUCAGGGUCGCGCCCUCGCGCUCCAAGCAAGCGUCGAGGACCAGGUCACAGGAGGCUUUGCCAACGAAGACGCCUUCUCAGAGCCAUAGAGUACCCCUCCGCAGCCUGAGUGACGAAAGUUCUGAACUCUUCCCCAUGGCUACACAGAGACUAUCCCGGCCAUUCGAGCCGGAAUUCCACCAAGCCAGCGAAAUCUCGGCCCUCAGCGACUCGCCUCCGCUUAGAUUUAAUAAUGUUCCAGAGUCCGACAUUUCCUCGAUGCCUGCGGACAGCAUGCUUGGCGUCCCAGGCCCUGCCGCAGACUUCAGCAGAGCAGAGAUGUCUGAGAAAGAGAAUCUGAAGCCACCUGUUCUGCCGGCGGAUCGGAACGUAUCUGCAGAGCGACUAACCCAGAAAGUUAAAGAGAAACUUGCUUCAAGGCCUCGGACUGUUGUCACGAAGCCGACAUCGAGCGAACGCUCGCGAAGCAGCGUGAGUAGAGAAGUUGAGGGGGGGCACGCUCGAAGACGAGCCGUCAAAAACAUCGAGGAAGAUUCAAUGACCGGCACGGGCUCGAGCCUCGUCAGUGGUUCCAUGUUAUCUGCAGAGCACAAGUCUCACGACCAACGCUCUGUCAAAUCAGGCCAGUCACAAGUCUCGAUCAAUAACCCAAAGCUUCUGCAAACAGUCGAAGAUGCCAUACGCAGACUGAUUUUACCUGAGCUGAAGGAGAUCAAGAAAGAUCAACGACAUGGCUCCCGUCGAAGAACCAAGGAAUAUCCAUCAGAUCUGUCUGAAAGCAGCUUGUCCCGAGAGGAGAUCUCGCGCCGUCGGUCUUCUGGAAGUAAAUCGCGUAGGAAAAGCAGUGGAAAGGACCACUCUUCGCGCCGAAUCUCAUCGGGAUCGAAGCGACAUGAGCGAGAACGUCAUCAAAAGUCAUUGGAAUACGAGUCGCCUUCGGAGAACAGCUACCGGCACAGUGAAUCCAUCAGCAGUCUAAGUGUAGAGGAUGACUCAAAGGCGCAGAAAGCGCGCAAGAGCCACCGGACUCGUGACGCCACGGCUGGAGCUCUAGCUGGAGCAGCCCUGACGGCGGCUGCCCUGAAGCAUCACGAUUCCGGAUCGAGUCUCGACCAUCGCGAGAAGCGGAAGAAACGCAGCAAGAGCCGCAGUACGAGGACCGAGAGCAUUGCGGAGGAUGAGGAUGUGGAUGUUUUCCACAAGCACAACGUGCCUGCCAUGCCGAUGCGUAGUGAAAUCGACUCAGAGGUCACGCGCAGCUCCCUUCUAAGCUCAAAUACCAACGGCACAUUGACUCCGACGAGACGUGAGGUUCGUCAGGUUGUGCAUGGCUCGCCAAACGAGUUGCGGUCCCCGACUUCGGCGACACCAUCCAGGACUCCGGUUGAGAAGGAGAAGAGCAGCCCGGAGAAGUCUCCUCUUCCUCCCCGUACAGGCCUAGGCAUGCAUCACGGCAACUUCUCCGAGCAGGACCUCGCUGCUACUCGAGAAGGACAUGAUCAAGACGACGAAGGAGACGAUGACGAGGCCGGCUUCUCCCCCAGCUACGGACUCAUUGGCCAUGGCUUGCUAGACCCUGAGCGGGCGAAGGCAUAUGAACGGAACCUACACCAUCAGCAUCCCAUACGACGUGGUUUAAGCCCUAUACAAAGCGUUGCCAGCUACGCAACAACAGAGCCAAAUAGGACAUCGCUGGUCCACCCUCGAAGCCAAGAAACCCUUUCAUCACAUAGAGGUGCGCAGCAAGACGAUAUCUCGGAAGCCUCUUUCUCUUCGGCAAAUAGCAUCGAUGCUGCAAAAGGCUAUCGCCCACAUGGUCUCAGUCUUGAGAACCGCAGCGAAAUCAUGCGACCGCAUAAAGAUGGAACACACCGCCUCGAGUAUGGCGGACUUGAUUCGGCAGAGGGUCAAUAUCGUGGUUCUUUUGCCAGCAGCGAUGGCAAAGAGUCAUUGCAGGCCCGGUCCACUUUCACCGAUGACAGUCUGGAUGAGCCUUACGUCGACAAGGUCACUGCAGGUCAGCAAGUCGCAGGUCUUGGCGCUAACCCGAGGUUCGUCGACUUGAAUGAUGAUGUCGAGUCUGCAGUCGCUUCACUCUGCGAACCAUCCGUGCUGGAUUCAAAAGGAGCACAAUCAUCACACGGCAGCCGGGCAGGUUCGCCCCAGCGCUACAGUAUGGGUAGCUCUCCAGCUGUUGCGCGUAGUGCGAGGAGUGGGAGCCCCUUAAAGCACCAGACAGCGGUCAGCGAUAUUGUUGAGCCUGGCAUGUCCCGUGGCAUAGCACCCCCGGUAAUUUUUGCGACAUCCGGCAAGCAGAGCAAGGAGAAAGUUGCAGAGCCGUCCUCACCGCAUGACGCUGCAAUUGGAGAUUCUCAAGAUGCCAAUUCUCCCGAAUCUGAGAUUACGACGAACCCGUCCGUCAUUCAAGGACCUAUUGCAGGAUAUGCGACCGGAGACACAAGCCAUUGGCCAUAUGGGCCUACACCACCACCAGUUGACAGUGGAAUUCCUGGAAGUCGAGAUUUGUCUAUGACUGCCCCUGAACUCAUGCCAGAACCUCUGACUAUGAGCCACGGCCCUGGCCAGAAGCCUGACACCUACAUUGGCAGGGCUGCAGAGCUUACACCGCCUGGUGUCAAAGACGAAGGCUAUGAGACUGGUGCCAAUGCUCCUUCUCCCGCUAUCAUGCCCUCUCACCACCAGCCGAUUCCCAAGGGCUUGCCAUUCUCGCAGGACAUGGCAUAUGACGAUGAUUUAGAUGACGACCCCUUCACCACGAGCAAGCGGGACCAGUACGUCAGUGGGCUCUCGCACGGCAUGUCACCAAUGUACGACACGGCCACUGGUCGAGCAGCCGACCGGAUCUAUGACAAGGAUGUCCGGGCACUGAUGGAUCAUCUUACAGUUCGGGAUGCCCAGCGAAAUGCCAGAGAUACUGAGAUUUUGAUCACUCUCGUACGCACUGCAGCCGAAAUGCGCAACUCUUUUGAGGACAUGAAAAAGCUGGUGGCGGAGCAGGGAGACAACUAUAUCGACGAGAGCAACAAGCAACACGAACGCACUUUGAAGGUUAUUGGCGGACCGAGACCACAGCCUGUGCCACGGAACGCUAGGACACCUGCUUCAGAAGAGGAAGAUUUGCCGACCAAGCGCCGUAAUGUCUUCCGGCGUGCUCUGAUGGGAUUGGGCAGCAAGAACACCCAAGAGCUUCAGAACAUUGAGGGCAUGCUUAUGCAACUGCUUGAUGAUGUUGAGGGUUUGCGUGCGUUGCAUACUGGACCUCAAGCCAGCCACGGAGUGCGAUCAAACAGCGCCCAGUCAGCUGAGAACGGUCGAGUCCUGACCGACGCUGGAUAUGAGCCCGAGGGCCAAGCAGGUACUUCAUCAACGGGUGACCGUUCUGGCAUCUUUUCGAACAACUCAUCCCGCCAAGCAGAUUACAGGGGCUACAACAUACGUCAAGGAUCGGCCAAUCGCGUCAGCACAGUCAUGGAACGCGAUGAAGAAUAUUACGACAACGAUGGAUAUCUCGAGGAACAGCAACAGACUCCCAGAGCCUCAGGCGCACCAGCCUACAAUAGAGGUGCCUCUGAGCCGGUUCAGACUCCUCCUCGGAUGGCCAAUGCUAACCAGGGAACACUCAGCAACGAGCACACGCCACACUACUCUACCGAAUCUUCCUCUGGUCGCAAGCACAAAUCAUUUGCAUCGUCGUUGCUGCCAAAGAUGGUAUCGCGAUGGUCGAAAACGACUGCGUCGUCUGGAGACUUUCGAGCUAGUGCUCAAACUAAACAACGACCGUACUCGCAGGUGUCACAAUCAGGAUCCAACAUCGCAGGCUACGAUUAUGACCCGCAUGGCGACGAUGCAAUUCGUUCCAAUAUGUCUCUGGAAGACGAGCGGUACCGGAAUGAGAACCGACCGCCAUCUCCGUUGAUCCCCAGCCAAGUCUCCGACAACCACCCCAAGUAUCAGAGCUACAGAGACAGCAUCAACCUUCAGCACCCCCGACCUCGCCACGGACCUACUGAACGCCACCACAAUCAGAUGGAGUCAGUAGCACGAACCUAUGCCGAUGAUCCUAUUUCUCCUAAUUCGGUGACGUCGUCGCAGUGGGAAGCACAGGCCGCACUCUCCGGCAUGCCUGGAAUGGACAUGCACAAUCAAUACGAACAAGAUGGCCAGAUCAGCCCGGCCUCGGAUCGAGGUGAGAGAGUAAGCCAAACCUCCAUCAGCAAACAAGGUCCUCCGCGGCCACCCAAAGUGCCAGAAAAUGAUCCGUUGAUGCCGCCUCGGCCACCCAAGGUCGUUAUGAGUCCUCCAGCCAGCCGCCAGCCCACGUAUGUGGACCAUGUGACAGCCGCGCGAGCUGGUAGCCCAGCUCUUGAUAAGUCUCCAGUGGCGGCUCUGAAGAACUCUCCGGGAGGUCAAGUCCGGAAGCCAUCUGGACCCCGUCCCAUCUCCAGCUCUGGCCAGUACCACAAGGGCUAUGGAGGCGAUCUCAACGCCGUCAAAAGAACGCGCUUCAGGGGUUCGCCGAAUCAAAUUGACAGCGAUGAAGAUCUCGCCAGCCAGGGUCAGUAUGCUUAG